UUUUUUAUGUCUGAGGCUAAUGGGCAUCCAUCAAUCAUGCAGAAAUUAUAAACAAAUGAUUGUAGGAAAAAUAUAUAUAUAUGCAUAAAUAUUUUCAUUUAUCGCAAACUGAGGUUAUUCUUUCUUGUUUUCAGUAAUAUUCUUCGGUUGCUGUUUCUGGGGUUUGCUUUAUGUUCUGGCCACUGCCCUCAGCAUAGAUUCCUGUGUGUGUGUGUGUGUGUGUGUGUGUGUGUCUGAGAGAGAGGAGGGGGGGGAGACCUCUCUCCUAGCUGGGAAGCUUGUGAGCGGAUGAAUGUGCUCUUCUCUGCUAGGAUUCCCUCAAAAAGGCUUUCUGCUUUUGUCUCUAUCCUUACCUUUCCUUUUCACAGAUGCUCUUCUAGGCGGUUUUAGGUGGAGUGCUUCCAAGUUCCAACACUUCGCAACAGGGAAAAUGAGCUAUGCACAUUCUCAAAUGGGCUCUGGUAGUAGAACUGCUGGAAGAAGUUUUGAGUUUGGGAAGACACAUGUGGUGAGGCCCAAAGGAAAACACCAAGCUACUAUUGUUUGGCUGCAUGGUCUUGGUGAUAAUGGUUUGAGUUCAUCUCAACUGCUGGAAUCCCUUCCACUGCCAAACAUAAAAUGGAUUUGCCCCACCGCUCCUACGCGUCCCGUGGCAAUACUUGGCGGUUUUCCUUGCACUGCAUGGUUUGAUGUUGGAGAACUCUCAGAGGAAGGUCCAGAUGAUUGGGAGGGCCUAGAUGCCUCAGCUGCACAUAUUGCCAACUUGUUGUCAACAGAGCCAGCUAAUGUGAAAGUUGGGAUUGGAGGCUUCAGCAUGGGUGCAGCAACAGCCUUAUAUUCUGCGACUUGUUUUGCUAUGGGAAGGUAUUCAAAUGGCAUUCCAUAUCCUCUCAACAUAAGAGCAAUUGUUGGACUAAGUGGCUGGCUUCCAGGAUCAAGGAGCUUAAGGAACAGGAUUGAAGUGUCACAUGAAGCCAGAAGGCGAGCUGCUUCAUUGCCCGUUUUUCUGUGCCAUGGAAAUAAUGAUGAUGUAGUCCUUUAUAAAUAUGGAGAGAAAUCAGCCCAAUCCCUAAGUUCAGCAGGAUUUCAAUACAUUACAUUCAAGUGCUAUGAGGGUCUCGGUCAUUACACAGUUCCUAGAGAGAUGGAUGAGGUCUGUAAUUGGCUUAACUCGAGGCUUGGGCUCGAUGGAACCUCAUGAAUGGCAUGAUCUGUAUCAGUUGGGACAUGGGGGGACAACAAAAUGAGAGAGGGAAGAGAGACACAUGAUAAGCGAGUAGUUAGAUUCAUCAGUGCAGGAAGGGUUCAUGGGUAAAUAGGGUAUAGGAGAUUUAAUUUUCUGAAUGUGUUUUUGGCGUAUUAUUCUACCAUAUUAUAUUUUUAUUGGGUUACCUUGAGACUCAGCUGGUUGUACUAUUAGAAUGUUCUUUUUUAUUUCCUUCAAGUUUUGAUUGCUGUAACAAUACAGAGGCUUGGCCUCCUUAAUCUAUGAGGUUACUUUGGUGGGAGUAAAUAAAGUUUCUGGCUUAUCAAACA